GGUGCAGGAGCCACAAGGCGGGGCACAGGGCCCGAGCCGCGGGCCCCAGCAGCAGCCGCUGGCGAGCACAAGGAAGAGGUCAGGUCUGCGGUGGGGGCGCUCUCCAGCCCCGAGGCCCCGGGUCCGGCCCGGUGCAGUCCAGGAGUGGCUGAAAUCCAAGCUGGGGUAAGGACAGGCAGCCACUGUCCCUAAGCCGGCACAGCUCUGAUCCGCCUCCCACCCGCCCUCUCCUGCCUGCUGGUCAUGUAAGAGCUGCUCGGGCCCGCGGCCACUGGUCAGAGGCGGCAUCCGAGCGGGCAGUGGGUCCAUGACGCCGGCAGGGCCUGGGGGCUGGGCCUCUGGGGGACCUUGGGGGCCGUGAACGCGCAGAGAGCUUCCGAGCCCCUCUUGGGCCUGUCUCCAAGAUGCCCACCAACGGCCUGCACCAGGUGCUGAAAAUCCAGUUUGGCCUCGUCAAUGACACUGACCGGUACCUGACGGCCGAGAGCUUCGGCUUCAAGGUCAAUGCCUCAGCUCCCAGCCUCAAGAGGAAGCAGAUAUGGGUGCUGGAGCCCUACCCGGGCCAGGGCACCGCCGUGCUGUUCCGCAGCAGCCAUCUGGGUCGCUACCUGUCUGCCGAGGAAGACGGGCGCGUGGCCUGCGAGGCAGAGCGGCCGGGCCGUGACUGCCGCUUCCUGGUCUUGCCGCAGCCCGACGGGCGUUGGGUGCUGCAGUCGGAGCCACACGGCCGCUUCUUUGGUGGCACUGAGGACCGGCUGUCUUGCUUCGCCACCGCCAUCUCUCCGGCUGAACUGUGGACUGUGCACCUGGCCAUCCACCCACAGGCCCACCUGCUGAGCGUGAGCCGGAGGCGCUAUGCACACCUGUGCCCGCAGGAGGACGAGAUCGUGGCCGACAGCAACACGCCGUGGGGCGUGGACGCGCUCAUCACCCUUAUCUUCCAGAACCGGCAGUACUGCCUCAAGUCCUGUGACAGCCGCUACCUGCGCAGUGACGGCCGCCUGGUCUGGGAGCCUGAGGCCCACACCCGCUACACACUCGAGUUCAAGGCAGGCAAACUGGCCUUCAAGGACUGCGAUGGCCUCUACCUGGCGCCCGUGGGACCCACCGGCACACUCAGGGCUGGUCGCAACACACGGCCCAGCAAGGACGAGCUGUUUGACCUGGAGGAGAGUCACCCACAGGUGGUGAUGGUGGCCGCCAACCACCGCUACGUGUCUGUGCGGCAAGCUUCUGGCCUCGGCCAAGGCUUGUCAGUGAAACGUGGGCUACGAUGUGAAACAGCUUCCUGUGUCAAAGGAGAGGCAGGACAUGUUCAGCUUGCGAGCAAGGUUGUUGGAGGUGAUGGGGUCAAUGUCUCAGCCAACCAAGAUGAAGAACUGGAUCAUGAGACCUUCCUGAUGCAAAUUGACCGGGAGACAAGGAAGUGCACCUUCUACUCCAGCACUGGGGGCUACUGGACCCUGGUCACCCACGGGGGCAUCCAGGCCACAGCCACACAAGUUUCUGCUACAACCAUGUUUGAGAUGGAGUGGCGUGGCCGGCGGGUGGCCCUCAAGGCCAGUAACGGGCGCUACGUGUGCAUGAAGAAGAACGGGCAGCUGGCGGCCAUCAGUGAUUUCGUGGGCCAGGACGAGGAGUUCAUCCUCAAGCUCAUUAACCGGCCCAUCCUGGUGCUGCGCGGCCUGGACGGCUUCGUGUGCCACCGCCGCGGCUCCAAUCAGCUAGACACCAACCGCUCGGUCUACGACGUCUUCCAUCUGAGCUUCAGCGACGGCGCCUACCAGAUCCGAGGCCGCGGCGGCGGGUUCUGGCACACCGGCAGCCACGGCAGUGUAUGCAGCGACGGCGAGCGCGCCGAGGACUUCCUCUUCGAGUUCCGCGAGCGCGGCCGCGUGGCCAUCCGCGCCCGGAGCGGCAAGUACCUGCGCGGCGGCGCCUCGGGGCUGCUGCGCGCGGAUGCGGACGCACCCGCCGGGGUCGCGCUCUGGGAGUACUGAGCACGCGGCCCGUUGU